AUGAGUGAAAUGGAGACCACGGAGGGUGUAGAUCGGGAGAGAAUUGAAAAUUUUCCACUGUUUUGUGAGAAUGUAAAAAUAGCUCAAAGCAAAGCCCUGAAAAAUCGAUGUAAAGAUUUCAUGGAAAUUAUGAAGAAACACCAGGAAAUCAUCCUCGUGCACUUUGACAUGUUCGAAAACACUGCCAUCCAUGUUGCAACUGGCUCCAUUAACCCUCGACUCCUUGAAGAGUUGAUACAAAUGGUGCCCGUAGCAGAUCUUGAAAGGUGGCAAGCUUUGUGCAAGAAGAGUAGUGGGGGAAACACUGUCUUGCACGAAAUUGUGUUUCGCAAAAGGGUACUUGAUAUGGCUCGUGUUGUGUUCUCGUUUGAAGAUGCGUUGCACUCACGAAAAAUGGAGGAGAAAAGGCCAUUGCUUGAGCUCACAAAUAACCAAGGAGAAACCCCUUUAUUCAUGGCUGCCAUUGUCAUUGGCCAACAUCUUCAUGUUGCAAUUUGGCUGAUAUCAACUACUGGAUUUGGAAAUUCUUGGCGAAAUGUACAAAUGUUUGAAGAAAUUGAUCAUAUGUGGAAGGAAAAGAAGGAAAAUGAGUUGGCUAAAUAUCUGGCCCAUAUUUGGGUAGAGAAAGACUUAUCAUGGCAAGAUUCCCCCAAGGAGUAUAAUUAA